AUGAACUAUCAGGAAUGCCUCCACAAGUUUGUUAAUGCGCAUUCGGAUAAUUUUCGGCAGAGUUUUUACGCCGUGGUGGAGAGUUCACAGAUAGAAUGUCUUCAAUGUCCCAUAGAAAAAACGAGUACGGAUAAUUUCCUCAUCAAAAUAUACAUUAACAAUAUUAUACACAACCUCCGGACGUUCCUUCUGACUUGCUUGAGCCGGUCGGUGGGGAAUAUUCUCCAUAACACGAACGUAGACAAGCACGAAGCGUGUUCCUACCUUGCUGCAGACGACGAGGGGGCCAGCCACGACGGACAAGGGGGACCAACCGGGCACGCAGGCCAAUCUGUUCAAUCGGACGAAGGUAGCCAAAAUGGCCAAAACUCCGCCAAACAGUGUUUCAACAAAAAGGAGGAUUUUUUACGCAAGUGCAAGAGAGUUCAUAGACUUCGGAAGAGUUUGGAAAAUGCCCACGUAAGAACAGGGGACACUUUCGGCUUUAGGGACGACGUUUUGCGGCACUACAUAUGA